AUGGCCAUCCCCGCAAAGAUGAUUUUGAAGCUCGCCUUCGCCGCCUUGGCCACGAGAACCGCCAUUGCCGCACCGCGUGAUUCUGCUGAUUCUGCCGUCAUUGGCUGGGAGACCGAGGAUGACAGCAUUGCCCUCAAUGGAUGCUACAACAAUGGUCCUACCUUCGCUGAAGUGGGGUUCCAGGAUGGUUCAUUCAUCGGCGGACCCUGCGCCUUCAUUUUCCAGGGAGAUUACGACGAUGGUGGAGUCAAGCGCACUUGUAUCAACGGCAAUCCCGGGGACCGCGUCACUUUGUCUGUCCAACGCUUUGGAGGCAGUGGGCGUGGGAGCUUGAGCGAGCAAGACUAA